AUGGGGGCGCGAGAAUACGCGGGAAAAUGGAUCUACCUUGAGGGGAAGAAGGUCCAAGUACCGCUAUUAAGCAAGUGGGAGGAAAAAUGCAACUGCUGUUGUUGUCGUGUUGCAUAUUUCCCAUCUAUUAACAGUUUUUUUUGUAACCAAUGGGAGUGCCAUUGUGCAUAUCCACUUCUCGUUAUAUUAUUAGUGUACGUAUCAUUCGGAUUCGGACUUUAUUGCCUUUAUGAUCUGCUAGAUGAUCUCCCUCAAUAUAUUGCAAUGGCAGUUUUUGCGUUUUUCUUUUUAAUGUGGAAUUUAUCAUACUAUUGCACAAUGUGCAGAUCACCUGGUUACCUACCAUGGUAUUGGUCUGUUGAACAAGGCACUCAAUACACUUGGGAAGAACAUAUGGAUGGUGUUAUUACGACGGAAUCGCAAUAUAACUUUGCAAAUGAUCAUGAAAAACCUGAAAGAGGCAGUUUGACAAAGCAAGGACGUAGACUUAUAUUACGAGCAGAUCAUAUUUGUCCAUGGAUAGCAAAUUGGGUAGGUUUAAAGAACUAUCGAUAUUUCUUUACGAAAUUACUUUGGACGAUCAUACUAUUCCUUGAAUGGUUUGCGAUUUUCGGUUAUUUGAUUUACAAUCUCGUUAAAAACGGAUUUAAAGUACGAGUUUCUACAAUAGGAAUGCUUGCUUGUGCAUUACCUAUUGUUUUAUUCUUCAUUUUCUUCAUGAUAGUCUUCUGCAGACACAUUAAAUAUCUUUGUAGAAACACAACAACUUUGCAAGAACUUAGAGCUGAGAAGAAUCAAGAUUUUACAAAUCCAUAUGACCUGGGUUGUUGUACGAACUGUUCAGAAACACUUGGACCAAAGGCUUGUUGUCUUUGUUGGUUCAUUCCUAUUCCAAUUCGUCGACUAAAUGCUGGUAUUUAUUGGAGAAGGAAUGAUGCGGAAAAUCCUGAUCCAAAGUUCGAUUAUGGUGCUGAAGUUCCAAGAAGAAAAUAUAAGAUAUAUCAAGAUGGAGAUUCUUCUUCUGAUUCUCAUAAAGAAUAUUCAAGUUCAAGUGAUUCAGAUUCUAAUGAGAUGGUUGAAAGCAAUAAUGGAUUCAUGCAACUUCAGGAUAUCAAUACAACUCCAAAGAAAGCUGAAGAACCACCUAAAAGUCCCAUUCAAAAUCAAAUUAAUCAACAAAAUUCAGAAAAGUUGCAAAAUGAAUUCUAUUUACCAAAACCAGAUAACCAACAAAAUAAAACACCACAAAAGACACCAGAAACUCCACAAAAAUCUCUCGACCAAGAAUAUUAUAUUCCAAAAUCAGAUGAAAAGCCGAAGAUUGAAACACCGAAGCCAGAAAGGAAACAGAGUAUGAUUGGUGUUAAUGUUGACGAGCUUCUUGAUGAUACAGAAGGAACUCCAAGCCCAAGUAAAAAGAGACCUCAUAAAUCACCAAAAAUGAGAAGAUUUGAUCCAGAAAGAGAUUCAGGAAAGAAGGUUUAUAAGAAAGUUCAUGUUGCGCAUAAUGCAAAUGGAACUGUAAUCGUUUCUCCAAGAUCUUCUUCUGUACAAAGAAAAGGAAGUCCAUUGAAACAAAUGCCUUCGCCUCCUUCAUCACCAAAAUCACCAAAUAGGGCAAAUAGACUACCAUCACCUCCUACAAGCCCAAAAUCACCCGCGCGGAUUUAA